CACGUUAGCUCGAAGAUGUCGCGAUAACUUUCUAGUCCUGAUGCAGAAAUGUAGAAUAAAAAGAAUCAGGGCAUCAUAGCCGCACAAUGAUAAAACAACUUGAUCGAAAUAAAUACAUCUGAGGGCUGCAACAGCAGAGGAAGGUGUCGAUUUAGGUAAUGUUUACUAAUUAAACUUCCAUACGUGUCGGCCACACGCGCAUGCGUGUGCAGGUGCCAUGAAGGUAAAGGUGAUCUCAAUCCUGGAGGACAACUACAUGUACCUGGUGAUCGAUGAGCAGAGUAAACAAGCAGUAGCUGUGGACCCUGCUGUACCACACCGGCUCCUAGAAAUUGUGAAGAGAGAGGGCUUGUCUCUGACUGCUGUUCUCACCACUCAUCAUCACUGGGAUCAUGCUCGGGGGAAUGAGGCUCUGCUGAAGGAGCUUCCCAAGCUGAGGGUUUACGGAGGAGACGAUCGGAUUGGGGGCCUGACUGAUAAAGUCACCAAUGACCAGGAACUGAAGUUCAGCUCCAUCAAUGUGCGGUGCCUGUUUACCCCCUGCCAUACCUCCGGUCACAUGUGCUACUUUGUGUGGGAAGAUGAGUGCACUGACGCCCCUGCUGUGUUUACAGGGGACACAUUGUUCAUCGGUGGAUGUGGGCGGUUUCUGGAGGGUACAGCCGAACAAAUGUACCACAAUCUCACCCAGGUUCUAGGCACCCUGCCUCAAGACACGAAGGUGUUCUGUGGACAUGAGUACACCAUAAAGAACCUGAAGUUUGCCAUGAUGGUGGAGCCAGAGAAUGAAAAAGUCAAAGAGAUGUUGAGCUGGGCCAGGGCAAGAGACGACGAUGACAAACCAACAGUGCCAUCUAGCCUUAUGGACGAGUUUGAAUACAACCCUUUUCUUCGCCUCUCGGAGGAAGCGGUACAAAAGUUCACAGGGAAGACCGACCCCAUAGAGGUGCUGAGGGUCCUGAGGAAGGAGAAGGAUAAAUUUAAGAAGCCUAAGGAAAGACUUCCUCCACAUGCCAUGUUGGCUUUGGAAUGGGGGCUCCUCAGACCUUGAGAUCCAGAUUCAGAGCUCUGACUUCUCAUCUAUAGUUGGAUGACUGCAUGCAGCAAAACACAAGACAGCAGUGGGAGGUGUUUGUUACUUUAACCCUAGAUUUAAUUUACACCACUGGGGGUCUGACAGGUGUAAUAUCAUUAAACAAUGUAUGCACAAAGAGGUUAAUGUAAAGCUGCUUUCAUAAAACAUUUCUUUCACUUGAUUCAUUUAAAGGCUGGUCACCCAAUCUGGUAUGCAAAAACCUAACACCAGGUAGUGUUUGUUAUUAAUACCAACUUUCAGUGAAGGCAGCUGCUGACAUUUACAUGUUUGUUUCAAAUAUUUGUUGCUUCAAAAAUUGAUUUAGGGAUAAAAAAAACAACAACUGUUAUUUAUGUUGAUUGUGUAUCAGAAUGUUAUCUUUCCUUCUUAUUCCAUUUUUAUUUUCUUCAUUGAAGUUUAAUUUCCGUCUGAUAACCAUGUGACUGCCACUGCGUUUUAUCUGAGUUGUUGAUGUCAGUUGGGACAAACUGGACAUAACUUUUCCCCUCGCCUACCUUUGCAGUUGAGCGCUUCACAAUGGAUUCACCAUAAAAUGCAUUUAAGGAACUGUCUAAUUUAGACUGCACUUUAUAGAGGAGGAGAUGUUGCACAAUAAGUUUGAAACAGAAGAACAAACAUGCAGUGUAUAUUAAAUGAAUGUUAAUUGCUGCUUUUCCUCGCCCUGCGAGAGCGUAAACUGUACAUCAGAGACAACAUUAUUAAAUAAAAUACACUGUAUCAGUCUGAAUCAA